AUGACCGCUGGUUCAGUGUGUGUCCCACAGAUCAUACCACUGCAAGUGCCUAAGGCUGGAAAAGCCAAACAUGAAAUCGAUAGCAAUACACUUUUGGAAAUGAAAUCAGACACCCCAGAUGUUGACAUAUAUUAUACUCUGGAUGGCAGCAAACCUGAAUUUCUAAAGAAAUUUGGUUAUGGUGAAAAGAAUACAUUUAAGUAUACAAAACCUAUUACUCUGCCUGAUGGAAAAAUACAAGUUAAGGCUAUGGCGGUCUCUAAAGACUACAGGCAAAGUGGCAUUGUAACAAAGGUGUUUCAGGUGGACUAUGAACCACCAAAUACAGUCUCUUCUGAAGACAACAUUGAAAAAGUUCUUGAAGAUUCUUCAAAGCAGGAAUUGAAAAAUGGAUUUAUUGGAGCAAAACUAAGAAAAAAAGAUAAGAAGGCUGAAAAUAAACCUGAUUGGAAUGUUAACCUUAGCAAGUUUCCAGAGUUUCCACAGGAUAACUUAACUUAUCAUGAAGAAUCAGGUUCUAGACCAUCAACCCACCAGUCCCAGUUCUCUAGUUUUGCACAUGCAACUGGCCUGAAGAGUUUGACAAGCACAGAGAUCAUGAGAAUUCAAAGACAGACAGAUUUUCUCCAGUGUCCUUGCUGCCUGGCCCCCCGGCCAUCUGACCCCUUUGCUCACUUCUGUCAAGAAUGUGGCUCUCCUGUCCCACCUAUAUAUGGAUGUCGUCUCCCACCUCCAGAAAGAGCUCAGAUGGGCUUAUGUGUGGAAUGUGGAAGCCUGGUGCCCAUGAAUACUCCCAUCUGCGUGGUGUGUGAUGCUCCUCUCACUCUGCAGCUACAACCACAGGCCAGCCUCCAUUUGAAGGAGAAAGUAAUCUGCAGUGCCUGUGGCACAGGGAACCCUGUUAAUCUGAGAUUCUGUGUUACCUGUGAGAGGAGCCUGCCUUCCUCACAAAAGUCUGUGUACACUAGAGACCGACAUCCCCCUCCAUUCUCUCAGAAAAGAGAGACCAUUUCCUGCUCCAAAUGUGGUCGGCCGAAUCACUGGGAGUCUUGUUGCUGUGACUGGCCUGAAUCCAAGGUGGGCAUUUCUGCUUGCUGCUCUGUUUGUCCUAAAUGUGGGGCUACCUAUUACUCAUCUGCUCGAUUUUGUGGUUCCUGUGGUACUUGUGUGGACACCUUGACAAGACUAAACUUGGAAAACAGACUGACCUCGGUGUCUGGAGAACCUUGCCCUUUUCCGAAGUCCCUAACUUCCCCUCUGCUGAGAGCCAGUGCUGGGACUAAAGAUGCUGGCACACAGACUGUUGGCCUGUUCUACUCAUCCAGCAAGAUGCUAGAAAAGCAGGAAAUGGAGCUGGCUUCCCAAAAGCAAAGGCGGGAGAGCAUGAGGGACCACAAACCUCUCCUCACAGCUGUCAGCCCCGGAAGAGGAUACUGGAGAAAGCAGUUGGAUCAUAUCUGUGCUCACCUCAGCGCUUACACUCAGAACAAUCCUGAGUUCCGAACCUUAAUUGCAGAGCCCAGGAUGGGAAAGCUUAUCUCAGCUACUAUCCAUGAAGAUGGUUGUGAAGUUAGCAUCAGACUGAAUUACAUUAAAGUCUCAAACAAGAACCUUUACUUCAACCAGAUGGUGGAUUUCAGGGACCACUUUCUGAGCAGUGUCACUGAGGCCGGAAAUGGGCUGAUUGGCAGCUUGGGUGAGUGGAAUAAUUUUGGACUUCAGCUCUUUCUUAUUUCAGUGAGUGACUACAGUCAACCUACUGCAGAUACCAGAGAAAAGAUGAAGAAGCCAGAGAACUUCAAGAUCAAAAAGUUUCAAGAAAAGCUUACACCUGAAAACAGAGACCUGCUGAAGGAAAUCGGACCGACAGGGAGAGGAAGAGUCUCUGUGGUUGAACAACUGCUUGAUGAAGGAGCCGAUCCCAACUGCAGAGAUGGUGAAGACCGACCAGUUAUCGCAGUGGCUGCUGGGAACAAGCACCAUGCCAUAAUCCCAGUCCUGGUGCAGAGAGGAGCACACAUCGACCAGCAGUUUGGAGUGCUCAGAAAUACAGCCCUUCAUGAAGCAACGCUGCUUGGCCUGGAAGGAAGGAAGUGCGUUGCUGCGCUACUGGGAUGCAAUGCAAGCACUCAAAAGAUGAACACGAGAGGCCAGACAGCGUAUGACCUGGCUCUGGAGAUGGGGGAGGACCUCGUCACCUCACUCUUUGCUGCUAAGCUUGGCCAUGGCCUCCCGGAGAAGCUCAGCCGUCCCAGGAGCAUCAGCCUGGACAACUGCUAG